UACCGGGUAAUGGCGACACUAUUUAAUCCGUCGGAAGGCCGUAACAGGUUUCUGUUUCCAGAUUCUCCCUCAUCCCUCUGUUUUCGCCCCCUCUCGACGGUGAUGACGGGGAAGGUUGAGAUAACCGAUCGAUCAGCUGAAUAGAGGAGGCGGAAGCGGGUUCACCGGCGGCGGGUUGACGCGGCAUCGACGGAGGUGUUGGAAGAUUUUCAGUUAUGGCUUACAGGUCCGAUGACGAAUAUGAUUACUUGUUCAAGGUGGUGUUGAUCGGCGAUUCCGGAGUAGGGAAAUCGAAUCUUCUGUCUAGAUUUACCCGGAACGAGUUCAAUCUGGAGUCGAAAUCGACCAUUGGCGUCGAGUUCGCGACGCGGAGCAUUCGCGUGGAAGAGAAGGUUGUGAAGGCUCAGAUUUGGGACACUGCUGGUCAGGAAAGGUACCGCGCAAUCACAAGCGCAUACUACCGCGGAGCCGUCGGCGCCCUCCUCGUCUACGACAUAACUCGCCAUAUAACAUUCGAGAACGUCGAGAGAUGGCUGAAAGAGCUCAGAGACCACACAAACCCUAACAUCGUCAUCAUGCUCGUCGGAAACAAAGCCGAUCUGCGCCAUCUUCGAGCCGUCUCCACCGAAGAUGCGAAAGCUUUUGCGGAGAGGGAGAGCGCUUUCUUCAUGGAAACAUCAGCCCUAGAAUCAAUGAAUGUCGAGAUCGCCUUCACCGAAGUCCUCUCGCAGAUCUACCGCGUCGUCAGUCGUAAAGCUCUGGACGUCGGCGACGACCCGUCGGCGCCGCCGAGGGGACAGACGAUCAAUGUCGGCAACAGAGACGAUGUGUCCGAUUUGAAGAAAGUUGGGUGUUGCUCUGCCUAAUUUGGAGAGAUCAGUAGGUUCGUAUAUGAUUACUCCAUAAGUAAUAUAUUUUUUUUUUUUGCUGCUGCUUCUGCAAAUAUUCAUUUUCGUUUGAGCAUUUUGUUGGGGUGAGUUAAGCCAUAGGGUUCUAGUUUUGCUUGUUAUAUGCAUAUAUGAAUGGUGUCAUGCUGUUUAAUAAUUUAUUGUUUUU